AUGGAAUCAUCCAGGCUAGAGGCUCUGCCUGCAGAGAUGAAAUAUGCCAUCUUAUGCGCUCUCCCAGAUCUUGCCUCUUUUAAUGCGUUGGUUCACGCUUCUACCACCUUCCAUAUGGUGUACCUAUCGCGGCGAAAAGAGCUGCUAUCGAACGUCUUGAAGAGAUAUCUCCAGUUACCUGUUCUAAUCGAAGCAGUUGCUGCUUUGAUUGCCUUGCGUGAUUUGGAAGAAAGACGCAAAAAGCCCAAAGGUUGUAUCACGGCAAUUGAAGACUUUCUGUACAAAUAUAUCCCAUUACGCUCCAAUUUAAAUCCUAACCUAAGAUUUAUGUCGAAGUAUCAUAAACAGGGGUUGAAUGUUUAUGACGUAUUUGCGACUUUCACAGAGAACGACCUAAUCGAAAUGGCUCGACUUCAUACAAUGGUGGAGUAUAUUUCGGAAGAUAUGGUCUGUUAUUUUCUCAAAGCCAUACCAGGUACCCAAGAACAAGAGCGAAGUAUUACCAUCUCCCCGUCAGAAUCAUAUCGAAUACAGCGCGCCAUCUAUCGACUGGAAAUAUUCCGACACUUGUGCGAACAGACAUAUGUCGACGGGGAAGAACCGUCGUAUAUCCCCCCAAGUGGAGGGGAAAUUCGGUCGUAUCUGCUUUCCGUAUUGAGCCCAUGGGAGAUGGAGGAGACCAAGUGUUUCCAGGAGUAUAUCUUCCACCACUAUGAAGUGCUGCCUGGAGCAUCCUAUUCCGCAGAUAAUUGGGAACUUUUCCCCGAGGAAGAUGAUCCAGCGAACCAUAUAUAUGAACACGAUAUUCAUGACAGCUUUAGGGAGACAUUCAUGCUUUUUGGGGUAGGGUACCUCUAUCGCUGGAUCCGCGUAUCAAGAAUAUCUUGUCCAGAGGAACGACUGGCCCAGCAGAUAGCCAUGACCCGUGGUCAAUUGGGCUACGCGGACUGUCCCUUUCAUGAUGCUUUCGAAGAAGAUCCUGAAUUUGAUUGCUACAUAGAUUAUGGCGAUGGAGGCAUAAGCGGCAGGAUCAUCUUGUCGGAUGAGGAUUGGAAUAUGCCAAACCUGGCGUGGAAGUGGCGCUUAGAGCCGGGUACGCGAGACGAUUACAGAUAUGCCUUUGCAGCAUCCUGGAAUCAUACAAUACGCACGUGGGGAUAUGUAUUCUGGGACAGACAUCGGUUUGAGGAAUGGGAUAUUGACCUGCAGACUCUGAAAGAGCAGUUCAAGGGCAUUUGGAAUUCCCCGCGCAAUUGGGCAGCUUGGGAGGGCCAGCUUCCUGGCCAAACCACGGAUCAUCCGGAAGUCUCGGAGAACAUGGAGCUGAAUUUCAUUAGUGACCAUAUCAGCUAUAACGAGAUUGCGGCCCUAUUGGAGAAAUGCGCCCGCAGGAAGGUGGAGAAAAGUAUAAUGCCAAUGGAGGUUAUGGAUCAUGUUUGGAAGCACAAGGAAGAUAUCCCGGAGGACCUGAAAGGAAAGAGAGCAGUUCCGGAUGACUUCUGGAUCUUGGUGAAAGGGAUGCAAGGAUCAGGCAGACUCUGGGGGCCACCGGGGCAAAUACAUAAUGACUUGUUCCGCAAUGUGAAGAUGAUGACUUUUGAGCGGUAUUUUGAGAAUAUUUGUGGCUCUCAAUAG